GCGACUCCCGGCGGGCCCUUGCUAAGGGGCGGGCUCGGGAUUUUAAAAUGCCAGACACGGACGGAGUUGGCUGAGCGGAGGCGAUGACGCGAUGGUACUCUGUGGCCCUUUGGCCUUUGCAAACUUCUCAGAGAUUCCCGCGGUCUGGGAGGCUGGGACAGGAUCCCUGGGAGAUGGAAGAAACUCCUGGAUGUGAUCUAUGAGGCAAAACGUGCUUGGACUUGUAGGUCGUGAAAACUGCCAUCACAAAGAAAGAGCAACACAAACAUUCAGAGUGGCCCCUGUACCUAAUCCUAGACGAACUUUGCAUUCUAUUAACAGGACCGGCAACACCAGAGAUGACCCCCUCCGACUCCUUUCUUCCAAGGCAUGGGAAGGUCUGUCUUGGGAGGAUGAGCCUGAUGUGGGCAGAAUUCAAAUGAGCUGGACAGCACUGUGAACAAGCUGCAAGCAGCUCCCAGAGUCUUGAGAUGGCACCAAAAACCAAAAAGGGAUUGAAAGGCUCCAUUGAUGAUGUCCUCGGUGACCUCUUGGGGGAUGAGAUGACACUACCCGAGGAGCCUGUGAAACUAGCUUCCCGAGCCCGAGAUGCCAUGGCCGUAACCCAGGCGCUCCCUUCUUCAAGGGCUAGAACAAAGUUCCUCCUGGAAGACUGUGCCUUCAGCACCACAGCAGGCCUGACAGGACCUGAUGCUGAGAUUUCAGACAUCUCGGACGCAGACCCGCAGGCUCUCCUCCAGACCAUGAAGGAUCUGGACGACAUGGAUGCCGAUCUCUUGGGUCUGAAGAAGUCCGAUCUGGCCUCCAGCAAAAGAGCUGCAAAGGGCUCUGGGAAAGAAGAGUUGCCUAGUCAUCCUAAAUCUGCCGGCCUAUUAACAGCCAGUGAGAAAGGGGACACCAUUCCUGCCAAGAAGUCCCCUCCCUCUCCCGGCAACUUUGGGCAUCAGUACAGGAAGUUUUCCUUCGAAGACUUGGAAGACCCAUUGGCGGGACUUCUCUCCGAUGAUGAGGAAGGAACCACCAAGAAGCCACCCAGGACAGAGAGUAAACUGGCUUCCGAAAAGGGCACAGCCCCAGUCAGAGAUCAAGGUCCUUCUAUUCCUCUAACUCCUGGGGACACCCCGGUCCGAAAGAAAGAAGCAGUGCUAUUUGAUGAGGAGGAUGACAUCAUGGCCACCCUGGGCUUUGCAGACAGCCCCACAGCAGAAAGGAGGCAGAUGGGAGACCAGGAAGGGCCCCGUCCUGCUCGCUCCAGACUGGAUGAGCUGCUGGGUCGGGGGACUGCCACCAAACUCCUGGCUCGCCCGGGCCCUGGGGAACACAGGGAAUUCAAGCUGGACAAGAAGUUCCAGAGGCCACAGGACAAAGAAGAUCCCUGGGGUGAUGAGGACUUCACCUUUGGGGCCUAUCAGCCCACUGUGGGCUCCUGCGAGGGCCGGCAGUCCCACCGGCAGUCGGUCAGUAGGUUCUCAGCAGAAGGUGGCGCAGACCCCAAGGGAGAACCAGCCUCCAAAAGGAGCACCCCAGUGGCCGCCAGCCCCACCCACCCCAGGAAGGGAGGAGCUGACUGGCUGGGCCUGAAGGAUGAGGACCUGUUCCCUCCCUCCCCCACCAGGGAGCCUCAGAGGGGAGGGGAGGCGCUCUCCACUCCUCCCGCGCCCCCUCCCAGGAGCCAGCACUCUGCCCCAGCUGGACUGCCCACCUCCUCUCCGGGGGCCAAGCCAGCUCCAGAGGGUGCAGGUUUCCCUGCCAGAGCCGGCCAGCCUUCGCAGCUGGGAGCAUCUAAGGAGAAAGAGGAAGAGGACUGGCUGAGCUAUGCCUCGUGUCGGAAGAAGUCCCGAGGUCCGGCCCGAGAGGAGCACACCGAGGCCUCCAGAGACCGGAACUUGGUGGGGGCGGCGGGCAGUCCCCCUUCCAGCAGCCAGCCUGUUGCCGGCACUCAAGGGGUCAAGCAAGCGCCUGCUGGAGGGUCCUCAGGAACAGCGGCACACAAGCCACCGGCAGGACCCACCACCUCAGGGUCCCCCGUGACUUGGAACCAGGCUGCCUUGGCCCUCCGUGUCGGUGACCCCCAGAGGGGAACAGCCCGUGGAGACCUUUCCAGCACCGAGCCUGCAGCCUGCUUCCCCAGCUCCCAGGAGACCACAGGCCCUUCUCUGCCUGUCCAGUCCCUGUUGCCAGAGUCCCUGGCACGGAGCCUGGUACCGGGCGCAGAAUACCAGAGGCAGCUCCUGGCCGCACAGGUGCAGCUGCACAGUGGCACUGCCGAGCUCCAGGCUGACCUUCUGCAGAGUCAGGCCCGGCUGGCAGAGCUGGAGGCCCAGGUGCGGAAGCUGGAGCUGGAGCGGACCCAGCACCAGCUGCUGUUGGAGAGCUUGCAGCAGCGACACCAGACAGACCUGGAGCUCCUCGAGAGUGCUCACAGAAGCCAUGUAAAGAUGCUAGAAACAUCGUACCAGCAACGGGAAGAGCGGCUGCGGAGGGAGCACGAGGAGCUGUCGGCCCGGUAUCUGUCGCAGUGCCAGGAAGCCGAGCAGGCCCGUGCCGAGCUCACGGCCCAGCACCAGCGGCGUUUGGCGGCUGCCGCACAAGAGAAGGACCAGGAGAUGGAGCGGCUCCGGGAGCUGCAGCGGGCCUCCAUCCUGGAGAUGCGCAAGGACCACGAGGAGCAGCUGCAGCGGCUGAAGCUGCUGAAGGACCGGGAGAUUGACGCCGUCACCAGCGCCACCUCCCACACGCGGUCCCUGAAUGGCGUCAUUGAGCAGAUGGAGAAGUUCUCCAGCAGCCUGCGCGAGCUGUCCUCCCGCGUGGAAGCCUCGCACCUCAGCACGGCCCAGGAGCGGGAGCUGGGGCUCCGGCAGCGUGACGAGCAGCUCCGAGCGCUGCAGGAGAGACUGGGCCGGCAGCAGCGGGACGUGGAGGAAGAGCGGAGCCGGCUCCAGGAGGUCAUGGGGAAGACGGAGGCGCGCCUGACAGAGCAGAGCCGGCUGCUGGAGCAGGAGCGAUGGCGGGUGAAUGCCGAGCAGUGCAAAGCUGAGUCCACGCAGCGCGCUCUAGAGGAGCAGAGGAAGGUCAUGGUCCAGCAGAUCGCCAUGGAGCGGGAGGAGCUGGAGAAGGCCAAGAGCGCCUUGCUGGAGGAGCAGAAGUCCGUCAUGCACAGGUGUGGGGAGGAGCGGCGGCGCCUAGCGGCCGAGUGGGCCGACUUCUUCGCGCAGCAGAAGCUGAGUAAGGAGCGGGCCGAGCGUGAGGCAGAGAGGGCGCUGCAGGUGGACACCCAGCGGGAGGGCACCCUCAUCAGCCUGGCCAAGGAGCAAGCCGAGCUGAAGGUCAGAGCCAGUGAGCUCCGAGCCAAGGAGGAGCAGCUGGCGGCUGAGAGGGAGGCCCUGGAGCGGGAGCGGCAGGAGCUGCGGCUGGAGAAGGAGAGGGUCAGCGCCGCUGCCCUGCGCACCAGGCUCCGCGCCGAGGAGGUGGAGAGCAUGAGCCAGGUAGCCUCGGAGAAGUUUGAGGAGGGGCAGCGGGCGCUGCGUGAGGCCCGGCAGGUGCAGCAGGAGCAGCAGGCGCGGCUACAGCUGGUGCAGCGGCAGCAGGAGCGGCUGAGGCAGCAGGAGCGGCACGUGCACGAGGCAAGGCUCCUCCCCGCUCCGGCGGCCCCCACGACCCCCUCUGGUCACCCACCCUCACAGCCACGUCCUUCUCUCUGGGGUCGGGGACAGGAGCACCUGAGUCUAGCCCAGCAGAGGCUGCGGCUGGACCGCAUCCGCCAGGACCUGCCCUCCGGCCCCGCGGCGCUGUUCCCUGGGACCCAGUGCCCGGCAGCGUCCUGCCUGAGCGCCACUGUGGCUCCUGCCCCCACCCCCCUCGGGUGUAGCCGGCCACCCGCCGGCCUGGGCCCCUCGCACCUCCACGCCAGGCUCAUGCUGCUGAAACACACAGCUGAGCAGGACCGUGACUUCUUGGAGAAUGAACAGUUCUUCCUGGAGACCCUGAAGAAAGCCUCCUACAAUAUGACAUCCCACUCAGCCUGAAGGCUCCGCUGUCUCCUCAGCAAGGCCUCCAACCCCGGAAGUCUCCCCCACCGCCCCACCGGCUGCCAGCUCUGAGGAGUGGGGUGCCCGGGGCCUGAUUACAGCUCUUCCCGGGAACAGGGUGCAAGUGCGUUCUCUCUGAGCCCUCCAGCCGAUGCCUGGAGCCUCUGGGGCUUGAGGGGCAACGGCCUCUGGGAGGUGUGGGGCUGACAACAGCCCUACGACACCACACCGCCAGCCACUGGUUCUCCACCCCCGACCUGCAGCUCGGAUCCGAGGCUCUGACUGAGCCUGUGGACCUCUCCCUUCCUCAGCAGGCAGGAUACUUUCACCUGGGUGUCUUCUUGAAUGACUCCACGAGCAGCCUCCUGUCCCCUCCGAGAGGUCAGCAGAGCCUGCACGGGCUCUCCUCCCAAACUGGGACACGGGGUCAGAGCGCACGUUCUGAAGGGCCUUCUACCCUCCUGGCAAGGAGGCGGGCGGUAUUGUGGGGACAGGGAGGGUGUCGCCCACCCAGGUCUUGCCUCUCAGUAUGACAGGCCCUCAGCCUCAGCCUCAUUCCCAGCUGCCUGGGGAGCUGACCAGCCUUGCGCAGACACUGGCCUGUCGGCUUCUUCUGAUAGGGCUUCCCAGAGGCAGGACCCAGGUGACGGUGGGGUGGGGUGGGGUGGG